CUUCAAACAUUCCAUAAUGAAAAAUGAAUUAAUUGAAAUCGCAUCUUCGCAAUGGGGAAAGCUACGUGAUCUAUAUGCGAACAAAAGAAUUUACUCUUGUUCUUAUAAUUUACUACAAACCUUAAUCGAUUGCGUGAAACAAACUGAAAAUUUUGAAGUUGCAAUAUAUGCUCUAAACGAUGAGUGGGAAACUGAUGGAACAUUCAUCGCCAAGUUUUCUAAUCAAUUUUAUUGCAAUACAUUAAGUGAUAAUUUUCAACGUUUAUUAGAGGCUUUAAAUUGCUUGGAUAAUACACAAGAGUAUUGGGUGUCGGGCUUUCAAGAGCGUUGCACUUUAACGAUAAAACAACAUUUUUUAUCAUGCGGUCUAUUGGAGGAAGAAUUCAGACCGGAGGGUACCUUUUGGUAUCACUUACCAAUAAAUGAAGCUUUGGCAUUUAAAGUUGAACCACCGAGUCAUUUGAGACUCCAAAGGUUGCAAGAAUGUCAUGUUGAUCAGGUUAAUAGUGUUUGGCCUCAUCGUGGUCCAGGCUCUGCGGACUUUGUUAAACUUUUAAUACAAUACAAUGACAGCGUGGGAGUCUUCGAUGAAGGCAAUAAUUUAAUAGCGUGGUGUUUAAUAUUACCUUUGGGUAGCCUGGGCUUGUUGCAAGUAAUUGAUUCCCGUAAGCGUCAAGGCCUUGCUCAACUGGUUGUACGUUAUAUGUCCAAAUUGCUAGCUAAGAAGGGCCUCGAUGUUACCGCUCCAGUAGUGUUUGCUAAUGUAGCCUCACGUUCCAUGUUCGAGAAGUUAGGUUUCAAAAUAGUUGAUAAAGUUUAUUGGAUCAGAAAACCCGCGAAAAAUUCUUAACCUUAAAUAAACAAUAUUCUUAUGCAAUAAGUAAAAUAAAAUGUGCGA